CGAUGUGGUCGCGUAUGAUUCGCGUGGAACAUAACCUACCGUUAAUUGCCACGUAUUAUUUAAGUGCCAUUCGUGUAGAAUGUUUUCAUUUUCGGCGUGGUAUUGACCCCUGAACAAACCGGGAUCGAAACUGGAGAAUUCGUGACCAGUCUGGCACAUCACGUGUGUACAAUCACAAUGGCUUCCUCGAGACGUUUCAAGCUGUUGCUCUGUGCUCUCGGUAUUUUUGUAUGUUACUUCCACUUCGCUAUGCUACAAGAGAAGAUCACACGGGGACAGUACGGAGAUGAAAAGAACAGUGAAAAAUUUACAUACACGUUCACCUUAGUCUUUGCUCAAUGUCUGGUCAACUAUCUGUUCGCCAAGACUAGUUUAUUGACAAUUAUGAAACAGGGCGAAGACACUACUCCGAACAUAUAUUACGCGAUAUCUGCGCUCACGUAUUUACUAGGCAUGGUGUCCAGUAACAUGGCUUUACAGUUUGUCAAUUAUCCAACACAAGUUAUUGGGAAAGCUGGUAAACCCAUUCCUGUGAUGAUACUUGGAGUGCUACUAGGGAACAAGGUUUAUCCAGUUAGGAAGUACUUGUUUGUCUUCUUAGUUGUGAUUGGUGUAGCUUUGUUCAUGUACAAAGAUGGUGGUGUGUCAAAGAAACCAGCAGAAGGACAAACAGCAUUUGGAGAACUGUUGUUGUUACUGUCAUUAACGAUGGAUGGUUUAACUAGCGCUGUACAGGAACGAGUGAGAGCAGAGCAUAAUUCCAAGUCUGGACAUAUGAUGCUGAACAUGAACAUGUGGUCUGUGAUAUUCAGUGGUACUGUCAUUCUAAUUUCUGGAGAGCUGGUUGAAUUUAUUCAGUUCAUACACAGGCACCCAUCAACCAUAUGGCUCAUAAGUACUUUCUCUAUAGCAGGUGCAAUUGGACAGUACUUUAUAUUUCUCACAGUCAUAGAAUUCGGCCCGUUACCGUGCUCGAUCAUAACUACUACCCGAAAAUUCUUUACGGUUCUAGGGUCGAUAUUGAUCUUUGGCAAUACUUUGACUUUUAGACAGUGGUUAGGUACAUUCACAGUGUUCAUAGGAUUGCUUCUAGAUGCCUUGUAUGGUAAAGACAAGUCCUCCAAGAAAAAUAUAGUAAAGUAACAAACAAACCCUGGCGCGCCAACGCGUGCGAUCGCGAAUCGUUACGCUAUAGCACAAUUUUAUACUUUCACGCAUGUACACAGUAAACAUCGCGAUCAGAGAUGGACAGAAUUUUAUUCGAAUAAUAGAUGGUGAAUGAAAGCUUUAUCUAGCGAUUUACGUGCAAAAUUUAUUUAAUUGUUAUUCAAUUUAUAUGAGAAUUUUUUUGUUAUUCAAAUUAUUAUUUAGAGAAGAAUUUUGUCUGACCUUGAAACGACCACGAUCGUUGGAUGAUACAGUACGGAAUGAAUGUGGUGGGAUGUUGUAUCGCAAAUGGAAUUUCGUAACAAAUUUUUUAACAUUACGUUUCACAGUAUAGUCCACCUACGUAUAUGUAUGUAGUGUACACAUGCGCGUGUAUGUUUGUUUGUCAAAACUGUUGCACGUGUACUUACAGCUGGUGUCAUGUGUGAGUCUCGGAAGUUAAAUCGAUCUACUCCACCGUUUUGUAAAUAUUUUGAUUAGAUGAAAAUAUUUAGAAAAAAUAUUUAUAGUUUAGCAGAUCAAUUCAUCUUCUGAGAACCAUAUGCCGUGCUAUGGUACCGCUUCUACGGCGGAUAGGUUUCCUGCGAAGCAACUUAAGUCCUAAAGUUUGCUUUACUUAAUCGUAACAAAUCGUUACAAUGCAAACCACGUCCUAUGCGAACCCUAUCCGCCUCGAAGCGUGAUGCGGAUGAGUCGAUGUAUGUAUAUGCGAAGUGAAUGGAAAAACAUAAUUCCGUAUGUAAAUGUUUUUUAUGCGAAAAUAAUUGUUUCGCGUCGUCAAACGCCUUCCUUUUACUUCCACUAAAAAUUCUCGACGAACAUUCGUCACACAAGCUUCUACUUAUCGAACGAAUAAAUAUCAUAGCAAAUUACGUCGAUACGUUUCAAGCAUUACCCGACCACUUACAAACUGUGCGAUAGUUUCUCACGUAAUAUAUUUUUUAAAUUGGAUUUCGCUAUUGUUAUCAACGCCGAGAACAACAUCGUUGAUGGUCAAGGAGAUAAUAACGACGCGCAGAUGGUCGUUAGGAAGGGAGCGUAAUCAGUGAGAAUGUACCAUUAGCCGCGCAAACUGCUUCUGAAGAAGUAGUUUAACGUAUUUCAGUAAAGAACUCGCAUCGAAGGUCGAUGUUCCCCGGGACAUAAUCGGAAACGACGGUUUGCGUGAUGAAUAUACGGUUUUCCAGAUGUUGCGCGUGGAUUAUUGUGUUAUCUGUGUGCUUCCCGGGUAUUUGCGGGCUUCUCGGGAACGGUGAGUGCUGAACUCAAUCUAUACGACGUUUGUGUAUACAUAUAUACGUAUCCAUGUAUAUAUAUAUGUGUAUAUUUGCAUUUAA